UGUUAACUUUACCAUUUUUCUUCACCAUGAGUCAUACUUUUGAAGAGAAAACAUUUGGAAAUUUAACUUACUGCGAUACUUGUGGGCAGCUUUUAUGGGGCGUGAGGAGACAAGGUCUUCAAUGCAAAGGCUGCAAUUAUACUUGCCAUCGUAAAUGUGUUGCUACUUCAGCAAACUGUAACCAUCCCACAACUCGAUUUUUGGACGAUGACAAAGGCGAAUCGCGUGCCGAAAGUUACCUCCGCCAGUUGAAGCAGAAAUCAGGGAGUGAAGAUGGAUUAUUAACGCCAAGCACUUCAGCUAGUUCGACGAAAUCAAAACUAGAUACGAUGGUUCCUGAUUCUACAUUUAAAAAUAUUUGUGCUAUUGCGUCUUCUGACAAGUUCCAAACGAUUUUAGCGGAUGCUGCUACUAACAAUGAUGAACCUGUCAACGCUUAUCUAGCGAAUCAACCUACGUUAAAUCCACAAAUAACCACAAAAAAUUUUACCCGUUUCGUAUCUCGAUGUGGACCCGUUUUCACAUUUAGGGAUGAAUUGUUGCUAUUAUUAAGCUGGAAAAACAAGAUUGACACUUUAGUCUCCUUGAUAUUUUAUUGCAUACUCUGUAUAUACCCAAAGCUAGUAUUAUUUAUACCCCAGGUUAUUGUGGUCUACUUUAUUUUAUCGAACUAUCCAAAAAGACGUCAUAUCCCCCGUUCACCAAUUAAAACCGACAACUUGAAAGAUAGUAAUGUGGAACCGGAAAAGAGUAAAUCAGCUAGUAAAAAGCCUUUGGAUGAGAAACGCGUCCUUGGUGCCGCAGAUUCAUCGCCAUCCUCUUUUGUGUACAACUUUUCAACCUUAUUUCAACCUGCAACGGACGAAUCUCCAGAAUAUUUAAAAAACCUACGAAAUAUACAAAACAUGAUGGGUGAAUUUAAUGAAAUGUAUGAUUGGGUUAUGUCACAAUCAAAACAUUUUAAUUGGACCUCAGAACUAGAAACCAUGCGUAUCUUGCAGGCUAUAUUAGUUAUAUCUUCUGCAUUAGCAUUCGUCAUUUAUGCUAUACCGUUAAAUAUGAUAUUUCUUUUCUUGGGUCUCAUGUUGUAUGGUGUAAACACACGAUUCUCAAAGUAUAUGCUAAAAGAGUUACAACCUUAUAUGGUGCAGUCUGGAAAAAGAAAAGUGGCAGGGUUAAAAGAGUGGUAUGUAAGUCUUGAAGGCAAACUAGAAAAUCAAGAACAUUUACAAGAGAUAUCUGUGUACGAGAACCAGAGAUGGUGGCCAAUGCGAGGAUACCUCCAUGAGAUGGUGGAAGGAGAAAGAUCACCUUGGUCAAAUUAUACCGGAACUGUUUAUAUGCCUAUUAUUACUGAAAUCCCUGCACCAAAAGGUUAUCAAUGGAAGGAGACAAGUGAAUGGGAGCUGGAUAAAACUGGGCCCUGGGUAGAUGAUUAUUUAGGAAUCGAGGUUGCCAUUUCUCCAGAUACCAACGGAUGGAUCUACAGCGAUGACAAUUGGAGAAUAUGUAGACCUCAAAUAGAUCCGGUAGAUGAUUCUGAAAAGGUCCAAAAUAAGGAAACUAUGACUCGAAGAAGACGAUGGACAAGGGAGUGCGAAAAGCUUUAGCUAAUAUUCUUCCUAAUGAUUUCCCCUUUUCCUAUUUCACAAUACAGUUUUCACGCUUUAAAUUCGUUUUAUUUAAGUCUGUCCGAAAACCAUUCUCAUUUUUAUAUUACGAAUACUUUAGUGGUAAUAGAAUUUACCACAAAAAUGUUUAGAUAGGAGGGAUCUCUGAACUUGGGUUGAUUUCGCAAACGGCAUCACCUAUACAAAAAUUUUGAUUGGAUGUUUCCAGGCACCGCGUGUUUUAUUUUUUAU